UCUUUUGGGAGGGGUACAAAUAUUAACGCUGGACCGUCAGGCUGCUCUUUUCUGUCAUUUGGGUGAACACAAACUCUUUUUGGAAGGCCAUAAGAGCAAGUUUUUUGGGACACAUUCACAAGUAGGUGGAAAGAGUGGAUAUUAACAGUUGAGGAGAACAGAGUUACAAGCAGGAAUCCUCAUUUUCCACAGCGUGUGGAAAUACUUCACAUGUAUGGAUUAGCAACACUGAAGUUUGGAAGCCUACACCUGCUUUUUUCCAUAUUGUUGUGCACAGAAGAAGUGGCUCACGCAGAGAUUGUCAGCUUUCUGUGAUGAUACACUGCACAAGGGGAUGUGGCAUCCGGCACACUACCCCUGAGCUUUAUUCCAUACCGUCUUCUCUUAUCUGUGGCUACCAGUGACAAUGCUGACCGAGUCUGCGAAACCACAAGGAUCAGAGCCCGGACCCACUAUAAGGCCUGCUGGAACCUCUGCAGCACAAUGUCCCAGUCAGUCGUGGCUCCACUGGGGGCUGACAGCUCGCUAUCGGAAGCCCCUGGUGUUCAGCUGAAGUGGGCUGCCCUGCUUAUUGUCAUGGUCAUCAUUCCAACCAUUGGAGGAAACAUCCUUGUCAUCCUUGCGGUGUCACUCGAGAAAAAAUUGCAGAACGCCACCAACUAUUUUCUGAUGUCACUUGCUGUGGCUGAUUUACUCGUGGGACUCCUGGUCAUGCCCAUCGCUCUGGUCACUGUCCUCUACAAUUCCGGUUGGCCACUCCCGGACUUUGUGUGCCCUAUUUGGCUCUUCCUGGAUGUGCUGUUUUCAACUGCAUCCAUCAUGCACCUGUGUGCCAUCUCACUGGAUCGCUACAUUGCCAUCAAGAAGCCGAUACAGCACAGCCAGUACAAAUCCAGAGCCAAGGCGAUGGGCAAGAUAGCACUGGUGUGGAUUAUAUCCAUUUGUAUAGCAAUCCCGAUUCCAAUCAAGGGGCUCCAGAACUACCAUCCGAAAAACAACAUCACGUUCAACAGCAACCACACGUGCUUGCUAAAAACUGAUACCUUUCGGGAGUUCAUUAUGUUUGGCUCCAUGGCGGCAUUCUUCGUUCCUUUGGUCAUAAUGAUGGUCAUCUACCUUCUGACUGUGCACGUUUUGCGCAAAAAGGUAUAUUUGCUCAGGUCAAAGGUGAUCCAGCGCUUGAGCAGCCAGACCGCCGUGUCCGCCAUUUUCCAAAGGGAACAUCCUGCGACCACGCAUCAAGUCGAUCCGCUUAAUGUGCUGGAAAGCCGAUUUCCCAGGAUGCAAGAAACACCCAAUGCGGGCGCAACAAACCCUCCAAUAGGCGGGGACGUGCCCUUCCGCAGAAUGUCCACCAUGGGAAAGAAGUCGAUGCAGACGCUAAGCAACGAGCAACGCGCCUCGAAGGUGCUGGGCAUAGUCUUCCUCCUGUUUGUCGUCAUGUGGUGCCCCUUCUUCAUUACCAACGUCACAUCUGUGCUGUGUACCAGCUGCGAUGUCAACAUCAUCUCCCGGCUUAUGGAGAUCUUUGUCUGGGUGGGCUACGUGUCGUCGGGGAUCAACCCGCUGGUUUACACACUCUUCAACAAGACGUUCCGAGAAGCGUUCACACGCUGCAUUACUUGUAAUUAUAAAACCUGCAUAAGGCAUCGGCCAGACAGGGAUCCGAAAACCUCGACCGCAAAUCGGACCCUUACGGGAAUUUCAUUUAAAUCAUCCAUGGCAGAAAACUCCAAACUGCUCAUGAAGCGGGGCGUGAAGAACGGCAUCGGGGCGGUGAGCAACCAAAGCCCGGUGAGACGCCAACAGUCACCUGUUCAACCAAGUCGUGUCGUUUUGUUAGACUCGGUGCACUUGGCUGAAAACUACGACGCCAAGCAGGAAGAAUAUGUGAGCCGUUUAUGAACGUACAAUACACCAAUUAAAAUGAAAGCUUCGGGGAAAUGGCUUUUUCUUUUCUUUCUUUUCUUCUCAUUAAAGACUAAAUGAUUCACCGCCAUCAACUUUAUAAGCUGGAUUGAUUGGAUCGUGUUACGUGGCACUUUGUAAUAGGAGUGUCCCGAUCAUCCAUUGAUAUCAACGGACCCGAUAGCAGCCAAAAAAAACAACAAUAUUUGAUGUUAUGACAUACUACAGUAUUAAUUGGCCCUGUACUCUAGAAAGCGCCCAUGAAUGAUACGGGAAAAGGCCGAAAUGAUACUGUGUCAAAGCCCAGGGCAGUGAUACUGAUAAAAUAUAGAGUUUAACCAUGUCCAGUAUCAGCCCCCGUAGCUGUCCACUCAGAGCGCGCUGCUCUGGUAUCGUGCCCGUGAAACAACCAAUCAGAGAACAGGGCACGAGCGUUUGUUUUGCUGCCGUCUGUGCUCUGUCAACAUGUCAGCGGUUGACACUCCCGGCGAAAGACAAAUAGGGAAAAAUAGCAAACAGAAUAUUAGAAAUGGAACGUUUUAUCACCAUUAAUGAGGAAGACACUCUUGAAAUGAUCGAAAAAAACUAAAAAUGCAAAUACAAGUCGGAAAACCAAGGGCGACUGCAACUGCAAGAACGAACGUAGACUGGUAGAAAGUAUUCCCCCGCCUGAGUUCGACAAAUACGUGUCUAUGUUUAUUGUAACGUUGUUGCCGACGCUAUGGAAAGGACACGACUGUGAUCGCUAACAAGCUUUUAUUACACAACAAUACUGGCUACUGUCGGCCGUAACCACGCCGUUGCAACCACCGCCAGCAACAACGCAACGCAACAGUGCUUCCUCAACGCGACACGCCCCCACCCCUGGUGCAUUCACAGUCACGCGGAACAGUCAGACACUCAAGAGCACAACAUGUCAACAUGAACACGUCAGGGUCGCUACGUUAUUUUAUCAAUCAGAAAAGAAAAUGGGGAUGAAUACGAGCCUGAUUCUCUCAAAUCAAAAUUCAACUCUCUGGCACGUUACAUGAUGGAAAAACGAAAGUAUGUGAUAAUAAGCUCAUGAUUAAAUAGUAUGUGAUAAUAAGAUCAUCACAUAGUUUGUCUGGCAUCAGGCCCAGUAUCAUGCCCCCGUGCUAGUAUCAGCCACUUGGGGGCAUGAUACCUGGCCUGAUACCAGACAAACCAUGUGAUAACCUCUAAUUAUCACAUAUUACAGUAUUAAUUGGCCCUGUACCCUAGAAACCGCCCAUGAAUGAUACGGGAAAAGGCCGAAAUGAUACUGUGUCAAAGCCCAGGGCAGUGAUACUGAUAAAAUAUAGAGUUUAACCAUGUCCAGUAUCAGCCCCCGUAGCUGUCCACUCAGAUCGCGCUGCUCUGGUAUCGUGCCCGUGAAACAACCAAUCAGAGAACAGCGCGUGAACACACAGUUUACACUGUUUAGAUAUAAUACAUGUAAUAAACUGAAAAUUUUCCGGAAACAAAAUUGUCUUUUGAUUAAAUAGUACGUGAUAAUAAGCUCAUGAUUAAAUAGUAUGUGAUAAUGAUAAUAAGAUCAUCACAUGGUUUGUCUGGUAUCAGGCCCAGUAUCAUACCCCCGCGUGCCAGUAUCAGCCUAUAAAGACCUAUAAAUAUCGGCCGGCAUUUAAGCCUGCAGGAGCAUUUCUAUGAAGCGUGCAGAACCCAUGUGAUCGUUUAGCAAGGAAACAUUUGUAAAGUGAGAACUUCCCAUGGGGCAACAAAAAGUAAUUGGCUGUAAGAGUAGCGAGCCAGCCAUCACUUAGAAGGUGGAGUUUCACUACAUUGCGCCUAUUGACGAAACUAUACACCAGAUACAUCAAGAAGUAAAUGGGUCAGUUUUCUUCAUACAUACUGUUGCUGCUCUUUGAGUAAUAUCACUUAAUCAAGCCGUUUCUAACAUUCCACGCUACUAAACAAGUCAUAAAAGUACGUAUUAUCUGUGCUGAUAUUGAAUCAAUAUCUGA